AUGGACAGACAUCAUCGCCACCCGCAACAAAACCAAAAUCCUCAUCACCAGCCUUUACAUCCGCAUCUACUUCAGCAUCAACAGCAUCAACAGCAUCAACAGCAUCAACAGCAUCAACAGCAUCAACAGCAGCAGCAGCAUCAACAGCAGCAACAGCAACAUCAACAGCAGCAACAGCAGCAACAGCAGCAGCACCAAUAUCAGCACCAGCAGCACCAGCAGCUCACCCCACAACAGCAACAACAUCAUCAGCAGCAUCAGCAGCAUCAGCAACUACCACAGCCUCUACAGCAUCAGCAGCAACAGCAGCCUCUCCAGCAGCAGCACCCAGGCCUCCAAAUAGACCCUAGACUUCACCACCAGCAACAGCAACAGCAAUCGGACGUGCCUUCCCCACAUCAUCCUCAUGCUCUUCGCCCGUUACAGUCGGCGUCACCAGCCUCAUCAACCCCAUCGCCUGCUGGAUACCAUCCUAACGCAGUCCUACCGAAUCUGCACGGCGUGAAUCCGGGUGGGCCUUUAGGCCAGAAUACCAAUAGCCAACCCCAACCGCAGAGUGGGCCUUCUCCACAUAUGCAGCAGUAUCAUCACCCACUUGCCCCUCAUCCCCACCCGCACCCGCAGUCAAACCCAUCGUUGCAGCAGCACCAAAACCCGCACCAAAACCAGAACCAGAACCAGAACCAGCACCAGCACCAGCCGCAGUCCCACCCACCCAUCCAGUCGCUGCAGUCUCUUCCUCAACAACGCCCUCAGAAUGUUGUACCUCAACGGCAAAACCCUGUACCUCUGCGUCCAAUGCCCCCGCCGCCACUCUCUGCAGCCCCAUCGUCAGGCCUGCAGGUGACUGCCUCGCCCACUCUAUCGUCUUCGUCGUCUUCCCCCUCAGGCCCGCAACCGAUAUCUGUAAAUCCGAAUCAGCCUGGUGCGAUAGUCGGCGGACGUCAGGUCUUGCCUAAUGUAGUGAGUUCAGGGCCGUCGCCCACAGCGGUUCCUGGAACUGCGGGUCCGCCCCCGCCCCCGUCUAAUCCUCGCCCCGCGAAUGCGCGAGCAUCCACCAACAGUGGGAUCACUCCCGGCGCCACUAGUCAAAUCACUCCAGUAAAGGAUCAAGACGGCAAAUUCCCAUGUCCCCACUGCCCUAAGACAUACCUGCACGCCAAGCAUUUGAAGAGGCAUCUCUUGCGGCAUACCGGUGAUCGUCCUUACCAGUGCGUUUUGUGCAAGGAUACGUUUUCUAGAUCGGAUAUCUUGAAGAGACAUUUCCAAAAAUGUUCCAUCAGGAGGGGAAACCCUACAGGCGCAACCCAUUUAAGCCAUGCUCAUGCUCACCAGCAGGGAAAACAAGCAAACAAUCAGAACAAUGCUGAUGCCACAUCUAUUUCAACACCUUCAACAGUCGCGGGUGGAUUGUCGCCCAGCGCAGCCUCACCCGGGGGUAAGAAAAAGUCCACAAGGGCGUGCGAUCAAUGCGUGAGGCUAAAAGUCCGCUGUGAUCUUGCCAACCCUUGUGAGAGAUGCAGAACAAAAGGCGGCGAUUGCACAUAUUCUAAAUCCCUAAAACGACAGGAUUCAAGAGAGGAGAGCGGUUUGUUACCACCUACAAGUUUUGCGGAGCAGGUUGGAGGAAUGGGCCAGACAGUUGGAUAUGCAUCAGAGGGCUUUAACUUUCCCCCACCUGCACAUCCCCAGGCCCACAUGGCACAACAGGGACAUCAACAACAACAGGCAAUUGUAGCAUCACAGCAGCGACCGCCUCAGUCAGCAGCCCCUCACCAACAGCCCCCUCGCCAAUUAACAAAUGUUUCACAGCCUCCAACAAGCACAGGUUACUAUGCGAAUUCUCACACGCAACCGCCAAAUGGAGAAGUAGAUUGGUCCUCUUUUAUGCAUGUACCAGAUCCGGCGUUUAUGGACCCUUUUUAUAUCCCACAAACGGGAGGUCCCUCAACUGAUAGUGGGACGCCGACAACGACUGCAAGUAUUGAGCACUCAGGGGGAGGAGGAACAGGAGGGAGUGUGUUUACAUUAUAUAAUGGUGGGAGUGAUCCCUCUGCGAUGAAUGGAAUUCUAGGCGGCUUUAAUGGGUGGACACACCUAGCCAUGCAUCAAAUUGAUCCUUUGCAAGCUAAAUGUGAUCAACUGAUUGCGGUCUGCUUUCCCGAAAGUUUGGAUCAGAGUAGUCCUGGCAGUGGUUCGCCAAAUCUGCAAAUCAAGCAAGAGCCUGGAAACGACGCAGAUUUGAAAAGUUGGCUAACUCCUGAUCAUGUUAAGAAUUUCGUCCACCUGUUCUUUCUCAACUUCCAAGGUCAUUUCCCGAUGAUCCACCUCCCAACAUUUAACAUCACCCUCAUCUAUGACGGGUUGUUGUUGGCGAUAAUUUGCAUUGGUGCUGUUUACGCAGAGGGUAUUAGUGUCGACCAGGUACGGACGUUGAUUGAUAAGUCAUUUGAAGCUAUGGACAGAAACGCAGCGCCACCCGGGCCGCUGGAGAUUGAAGAAAUUCAGGCAAGAUAUUUUCUGCAUGUCUUGGCAACCUGGCAUGGUCAUCUUCAUCAACGAGAGGAUUCACGACGAAAAUAUGGAAAGGUUAUUCAGAAGGCCAGACAGGCGGGUCUUUUCCAGCCCUUGUCACCGAGUAACCCUGGUACUAGCACCGCGGGCUACAGUAUAUAUCACCAACUUGACGAUCAACCAGUCAGAGGCAACUGGAAUUGGAAUGCAUGGCUCGAGCAAGAAAAGCGAAAUAGGGUCAUGUUUGGUAUAUUCCUUUUGAAUUCGGCGUUUGUUAUCUUUUUCAAUUCACCACCCCAAAUCCAGCCCAAUGAAAUACGACUGCCAUUGCCAGCUGAUGAUGCCGCCUGGGAAGCUCGCGAUGCAAAUGAGUGUGCAAAUGCUUUAGGGUUGAACGGGGAAGAUGGCAUCAGCCAAAACAUUGCCGGGUCUCGGCAGGUACGGCAGCCAGAGUUUAUCCUCGCCCUUAGAUCGCUGCUGCAAAUGCAUCUAGACUUCAACCCGGGUACGACGAACGCUUACUCCAAGUUCAUCCUCAUCCAUGCCUUGCAUGUGCAUAUUUGGACAACACAAAAGUUGAUGUCGAACGCCUCAGAAAUGGGUAUCGGCAAACAGAUAGGUAGCACGGCAAGAGUUGGAACAGGUGAAUGGAAGUUGGAUGGACAAAACAGGAAUGGUUGUGGCGCGCCCGAGGGCUUUGGAGAUAGCGAAAUAGCGAUGUCGGAUGCAGCAAAGGCAGUCAGGAUCACCCAAUAUGCGCUGGAGAAAUGGAAGAGGGCUUGGGAUACAGACCUUGCAGCACAAUAUCCUUCGCCUGAGUCUAGGAAAGGGUUUGGAAGAGAUGGAGUGCCAUUCUAUCUUUUGGGAAAAUUAUACUUGGCCCGAAAUAGAACCAUUGAUUGGAGGCAUGGAGUUGAUGAUGACAAGACGGUCUCUAAAGUUAAGAAUAUGCUGAAGCAUGUCCAGGGGUUUAUCACGGAUGGGACCGGGAGGUUGGACUUACAGGGUGCAGUUUCUGCAAUUGACGAGGGUUUUGCGAUGGAUGAGUUGACGUACGAUAUGAAACUGCUGUUCAGGCCAAUGGAAGAGAUCGACAACAAAUCACCACUACAACAACCAAGAGAGUUGCUCCGACCUGGAAAUAACGACACAAGAACCUUUCUUUGA